AUGAACAGUCAUUCUCAACACUCAGAGCAAAAUGAAGAGCAAAAUGAAGAGAUUGCCAGUGAAAAUGAGGCCAUACCUCUCCUCAAACGUACCUUCGCUGGUGAAGACAACCCUAAAACACGGGCAGUCAUUUCCGAGCUCGUUCAAACAAGACGAGGGCUGAAACAACGUCAUAUUCAAAUGAUAGCCCUGGCCGGGACCAUCGGUACUGGCCUCUUCCUAGCGACCGGAAAAUCCUUAGCAAGGGGUGGACCGCUAAGCAUGUUGCUGGCAUAUUGCAUUGUGGGUAUGCUUAUAUGCUGCGUGGUCUUUUCCGUGGCUGAGCUCAGUGCUCUGGCGCCUCUUUCCGGUGGCAUCAUAAGACACGCCGAAUGGUUCGUUGACCCUGCUCUGGCGUUUGCACAAGGCUGGAAUAGUGUUUAUGCAAAUGCUAUCCUGCUGCCGGCUGAAAUGGUGGCUUGCGCUGUCAUCAUCGACUUUUGGUCUGAUAUUAACCAUGCAGUAUGGAUUAGCGCCCUUGGCGCACUGCUGAUCGUUAGUAAUAUGUUGUUGGUCAGUAUUUACGGCGAGUUGGAGUUUGUUUUUGCAAUGUUGAAGAUUGCUCUGAUUGUUGGUGUGAAUAUCAUGAGUGUAUGCAUUACCUCUGGCGCAGGUCCACGGGGUUAUCCCAUGGGGUUUCGAUUUUGGCGAGACCCUGGACCCUUUGUGCAGUUUCUCGGAAUCAGCGGCUCAUGGGGACGGUUCCUUGGGUUUUGGCGUGUCUUGAGUAGUGCAGCUUAUGCAUUUUCCAACGUCGAGAAUAUAUCGGUUGCAGCAGCUGAGACGCAGAAUCCUCGGCAUAACAUCCCCAAGGCCGCCAAACGUGUGUUCUGGAGAAUCCUGAUAUUUUAUCUGAUCACCAUUUUCAUGAUGGGCCUUAUUGUCCCCUCCAAUGAUAAGGGGCUGCUGUCAGAUUCCGGGGAUGCUGGAGCGUCUCCAUUUGCGAUUGCUGCCACUAAUGUCGGGAUCAAAGUGGUACCUUCGAUCAUCAAUGCUGUCGUUGUCACAAGUGCAUGGAGCGCUGGUAAUUCUGGUGAGUAG